CCUGGUCAUGACCAUCUAGGAAGAAACAACUGACCUGAAGUGAUCUUCUCUCUGAUAACACUUGUUGAACAUCGUGCUUUUUCCUUCAGACCUGCAGUAAGAUGUUACCAAUGGUUUUAUUUUUCUCUCUCUGCUCUCUGACACCAGUGGCUACUGAAGUGGGUCUUGGUGGUAAAGUGCUUCUGUUUCCAACCAAGUCUUCUAACAGUUAUGUUAAACUCACUCCUGAAAAGCCACUGAGUCUUUCAGCAUUUACACUCUGCAUGCGUGUCGUGACGGACCUCCGGGACGCGAGGGACAUCAUUCUGUUCGCUUACCGCACACAUGACACUGAUGAGCUGAAUGUGUGGAAAGAGAAAGAUGGUAGUUUGUCCUUGUAUAUUCAGUCUAGCAACAAUGGAGCGCUUUUCCGUCUCCAUCCUGUCUCCCCCUUUCGGACCCACCUGUGCGUCACCUGGAACUCUGCGACUGGUCUUACUGCCUUCUGGGUGGAUGGACGUCGCAGUUCAUUACAGGUAUAUAAAAUAGGUCAUAGAGUUCGUGCAGGUGGAAUUGUCCUGCUCGGCCAAGACCCUGAUAGCUAUCUGGGUGACUUUGAAUGGCAGCAGAGCUUUGUAGGAGAAAUUAAAGAUGUGUACAUGUGGAAUUAUGUUCUCUCUGACAGUCAGAUUUGGGCGGUUUACACAAACCAGAAAACGUAUAUACCGAAGGGAAACGUGUUCGACUGGAACACCAUCAGAUAUUAUACUCAUGGAAAUGCGCUAGUGGCGAAAGAUAAUAAUUUCUGAUCAGGUGUAAUGUCACACAUUUGUGUCAAUCUCUGGAAUCUGUUCAUCUGUUUUAAUGACUUACAAAGCUGUAGGGGCCAACAAAUAAAAAAAUUUUUAAUUCAA